UGUUGGCGCGAGAUAGACGGGGAAGAGAGAGAUACCUCAUCAUCAAUCAUCCAUGUCGGUCAGCCCUUGAAAAAGGGUACCCUGGAUGGAAGAAAUCAUUUUAUAUACAAUAGUAUCAUCAAGGGUCGCACAGUCACUACCUAAUUGCCACCGCCGCCGCCUCCUAACCCGGAAACAUCCUCGCUCCUCCUUAUUCUUCUCUCUUCUUUCAUUUCUAUCUUUCCUUCUUUCUUUCAAUCUAUCUUUUCGAUUACCCACAUCACAUAAUCCAUGAAGUUUUCUUUGUUUAUUGUAAGAAGAAACCCAAUUCUUUGUUUUGGCUGACCAUCAUCGUCUUCCUUCCGAUCCUAAAUCCAUCUUGAUCGAACCCUCUUCAGUGUUUAUGAUUUGGGUUUCAUAGAUUGUUGCAUAUUAAGGAAGGAUUUUACUGCUCUUUUGUAUUCCUCUCCAAUUCUCUGUGGAUUUGACUGCUAAUUUGGGGAUCAUAAUCAGAAGGCAGUUGUCGUUGGAGAAUUGAAGGUGGAAAUGGAACCUGAGCAAUGCACAGUAAGUGUCAUUGCUCAGUUGAUGAAUCUCAAUAAUGUUGUCAAUCCUCCGUUUCAGUCCUCACCCGGCCCAAUUAGAGUCCUCUCCGAUGACUAUCUCCAGAAAACUGCUUCAAUCGGUUUGCAUAGAUCACUAUCAUCAUUUCAGGGAUCAAGAAGAAAGAAGAAGCAACCAUUGUCAUCCCACAAUGAUUGUGUUGCUAGUAAGAGAUCUUUAGAAGAGCCCAAAAAUGCUCAAAACCAUCUAAUUGUUGUAAACAGAGCAAAAUCUGGUAUUGGGCUGAAGAAAAAUCAACGACAAAUAACAUCGGAUUUUCGUUUUGCCAAGAAAAAAUCACCCUUGUGUCUUGUAAAAACGUUUGCAAAUCCAAAUGGUGUACUCCCCUGUGCAGAUCAAGAAACCAGUCCCAAUGGUUCAAACCAUCUAGAAGAAGAAGAAAAUUCUCGCUUUCUAUCAUCAAGCUGCGCAGAUUACUGUUCGCCCAGUCCAAUUUCUGUUCUGGAGCCGUGUUUAAGCGAUAAUUCCGAAAGCAUCGAGUCUACUAAAUCUGACGUUCAUGGUGGUAUACAUGGAAAUCUUGAAUUCCUGAUAUCCGAAUCUGAAGAGAUGAAUUCAGAAGUGUCUGGAAUGAUGGUAUCGAGCGAUGAAGAUGAGGAAAACACAGAAGAACUCAUUGAAGAAGAUCAACGACAAAUGAUGGAGUUAUUUGGAGUUCAGGGGAGUCGAGAUUUCUCCUACAUUGUGGAUGCUCUAGACGAGGCAGGCUUCUAUGGAAAUGAAACCCUUAGCUUUGAUAGAUGGUACUCUGAAGAGCUUCCGAUUAGCCCAAUAAUCUUUGAGAUUCUGGAGAAGAAGUUUGGCAAGCAAAAAACAUGGGAGAGAUGGGAAAGGAAGCUCUUGUUCGACCGAAUAAAUGUUGCACUAAGGCAUAUCCUGCACCACCAACCGUGUAGAUCAAAUUCGAGACAAUUGAGGAGGAUUUUUGAGUUUUGGCAGAGGCGGGAGGUGGUGGAGGAUGAACUAUGGACAUUCUUGAUAAACGAAGAGAAAGUGAGAGUGAAGGAAACGCAGAUGAAGGUGGCUGAGAAGGUUCUCUCUGCAAAUGAGGGGGUCAAGUGGCUGGAUCUUCAUGAAGAGAUAGACAUAUUUGUUGCCGAGAUAGAGACAUCUUUGUUUCGCGAGCUUGAAGAGGAACUAGUUUGUUAAGAAGGUAAAAUUUUGAAUUUCAGUUGGUUUUUUCAUUUGUGUAUAGGAAAUUGCAGAGGAUUGGUGUAGUUUUUAGGUUUAGAGGAAAGAAAAGAGGUAAGGGAUUGAUUAUGUGUUUGAUUGCUUUGUGAUUUGUACCAUUUUUUUGGGGUGUAAACUAGGAACCAAGACACAAUACCACAUAUGUUUGAUCGUGUGUUUCCCAUUUUA